AUGGCCGCAGAGAAAGCUGUGAAGGUGAUUGGCCAAGGGUAUGAUCUUUGCAAGGAUAUAAGGUUCUCUGCUUGUAAGUCUAGAUUGAUCGAGAUUGGUCGCAAACACACUAGAGACCUUGUUUUUCCCGGUGGGGUUGUUGUGGACGAUGUUCCCAACUCCAUCAAGUGUGACAAGGGCGAACGCACCAGGUUUCACUCUGAUGUGCUCCCUUUUAAUCAGAUGUCUGAGCAUUUCAACAAACAGUUAUCUUUGUCCGGAAAGAUUCCAACUGGCCAAUUCAAUACCAUGUUCAACAUGAAAAAUGGUUGGGCUACAGACGCAGCUUCUACUAAAAACCUUGCCUAUGAUGGAUGUAUUGAAAUAUUAAAGAGCAUUGAUGCUUUUUGGUUCAUUGAAAAAUAUGGUACCCAUAUAAUAGUUGGGGUGCAGAUGGGAGGCAAGGAUGUGAUACAUAUCAAGCAGACAAAAAAUUCAGAUUUCACUCCGAUUGAAGUGCAGAAGUUGCUAAAGCAAUUAGCUGAUGGGAGGUUUUCUGAGGUUUCAAAUCAAAGUUCUACUGUCAAUCCUGCUGACAAAUUAAGAAAAUUAAAGGAUAAUCAUGGGCAGCGGAACAAACCUAAUCCUGCUGCUGGCAGGCCAGUCUUAAGAAGUCACUCCAAGAAUGAUGAUAUUGUGAGCAUUUCUGUUCGAAGAGGGGGUAUUGAUAAUGGUCAAUCUUACAACAAGUGGCUUUCAACCAUAUCACAGUGUCCUAAUGUCAUAUCAAUGUCUUUUGUGCCUAUUACUUCCCUGUUGAAUUCUGUUCCAGGCAAUGGAUUUUUAAGUCACGCAGUGAAUUUGUAUCUUAGAUGUGAGUGA